CUCUUUUCUAACUUUCCUCCUCGUCAGUCUAAACUCAGGGAGAUCGUCUGGUCGACUUCCCGAACCGUAGCCCAAGUCACGUUUCUGUUUUCCGGCGAGAAACCAGUCGAGGGACGGACGCGCACGAGGACGAGGACGAGGACGUAGACGCAGACGCAGACGCAGACGCAGACGCAGAGACAGAGAAAGAGAAGAGAGAGAGAAGGCAGAAUGCAUUCAUUCGGUUACCGAGCGAACGCUUUGCUAACUUUUGCGGUGACAAUACUGGCCGUGAUUUGUGCAAUGGCCUCUUUCUCUGACAAUCUCAACGUCCCGUCUCCAACAUCCCAAGUCCAGGUGCUCAACAUAAAUUGGUUUCAGAAGCAGCCAAACGGUAACGACGAGGUCAGCUUGACAUUGAACGUAUCUGCUAAUUUACAAUCAAUGUUUACAUGGAACACAAAGCAGGUCUUUGUGUUUUUAGCGGCCGAGUAUGAAACCCCACAGAAUGCCCUGAAUCAAGUUUCACUGUGGGAUGGUAUUAUACCAUCUAAAGAGCAUGCAAAGUUCUGGAUUCACACAACAAACAAAUAUCGUUUCACUGACCAGGGAAGCAAUCUUAAGGGAAAAGAAUUCAACUUGACACUGCACUGGCAUGUCAUGCCCAAGACCGGGAAGAUGUUUGCUGACAAAAUAGUUAUGACUGGAUACCGUCUGCCAGAGGAAUACAGAUAGUAAGGGUAUUUAUGUGGUUUUUGCUUCAACUUUCUCUGUUUUUCUUAUAUGAGGGAUAUAGAGUGGUUAGCUUUAAAAAGAUUAUAGGCGAAUAGGAAAAUGAAGAUCGGGGAAGUUUGCAGGUCAGGGGAAGCGAGGAAAAUGAAAGGAUUACUAUUCUGAUUUUGCUUCUUACAGAACCAAGGUCUUCUGUAUGAUGGGGUGAGGACAUGGGGAAGGGAAAUUAUAGAUCUAACCUCUACCAUCUUUAUCUUUCUAUUUAAGUGACAUUAGAGUCAGUUGACUGCAUUGCACUGGUAUUGAAGAAUUAACUUACACAAGCGAAAUAUGGAUAUCUUUUCCUUCA